UUUUUUGCCCGCAACGAGAACGUAUUAUUCUUUGUCUUUGCUAUUUUCUUUGUUAUCUGUAGUUUAUGUGACAGGUGACAAGGCAGGCAGGCAGACAGUGAAUUGAUUUUUCGAAAAUGUCGCUGACAGACAAGAUAACGAUGCUUAUGGCCCGGCCGGGCGGAGACAACGUCCAGAAGGACGAUGUAUCGUGGUGGAUGCGCUACGCUGGUCGAGGCUUGGGCACAGUUGGCAGUUUCAUUGCUAUAAUCCUGGGCCUGUUCAACUGCCUGGGCAUCAUCCUCCUGGACGUGCAGUGCCUCAUCGCGGGCAUCUGGCAGAUGUUAGCGGGCUUCAUAGUUAUUGUGUGCGAAGCACCGUGUUGCUGUUUCUUCAUAGACUAUGUCCAGACGCUGUCCGACAAGGUGGAGUCGCGACCAUACUGGCAGAAGGCAGCCGCUUAUGUUGGCUUAGCUCUUCCCCCGUUCUUCCUGUGCUUCCUGAGCCUCAGCACCUGGUUCGGCUCGGGGCUCAUCUUCGCCACCGGUGUCAUCUACGGCAUGAUGGCGCUCGGCAAGAAGGCGUCAGCGGACGAGAUGCGGACGUCGGCGGCCACCAUCGAGUCCGGGCUGCCCAGCUCGGCGCCGCGCGCCGGCCUCGUCACCAACGAGCAGCCCGUCUCCUUCACCGGCGUGCCCGGCAAGUGAUCUCCACACCUCUAUGCCAUCCUGGUACUUUUACAGUGAUCUCAAGGAUGACGGCAAAUGUUUGUUAGCGCCAAU